CAUAAACAAAAUCACAAACAUAAAAAGCACAAAACAUACCGAUCAAAAAUAUGUAUUAAUUUAGUUACUUUUCAGCUAUUUUUUGUCCCAUCAUAUUUAAUAUUAUUAAAAUGUCCUGCUUACGGAUGCAUAAGAUUGGUUUCAGAUAUCUUUCAAGAUCAUUUUCAAGUGAAGCUAAUUUAACUACUGUACUUGAACAAAAUGGUGUAAGACGAAUCACUCUGAACAAUCCUAAAAAAAGGAAUGCUUUAUCCUUUGCUAUGCUACAAUCAUUACAGAAAAAUAUAUUUGAAAAUAUUGAGGAUAUAAAUUUACGAUGCAUUGUUUUACAAAGCCAAGGUCCUGUUUUUUCUUCUGGGCAUGAUUUAAAAGAACUUCAUCAAUCUGACCAGAAAAAAAGGGAAGAAAUUUUUCAACUCUGCUCAAAUCUGAUGAUGGGACUACAGAACAUUCCUGUACCAGUUGUUGCUGUGGUUAAUGGUUUAGCUGCAGCUGCUGGUUGUCAGUUGAUAGCAUCAUGUGAUAUUACUCUUGCUAGUACUAAAUCGCAUUUUUCUACUCCAGGAGCAUCUGUUGGAUUGUUUUGUUCAACUCCAGGAAUUGCAAUUUCUAGAAAUAUACCACUUAAAGCAGCAUCAUACAUGUUAUUAACUGGAAAUACAAUAAAUGCCAAUGAAGCUUUACAAGUUGGUCUCGUCAGCAAAAUUUCUGAUGAAGAAAAUCUUGAAAGUCUUGUUGAAAAUGUCUUGCAAAGUAUUUUAUUCAAAAGCAGGUGCGUUUUAGCAAUGGGGAAAAAGUUUUUCUAUGAACAAUUAAAUCAAUCUCUUCCUUCUGCUUACAGGCACGGAAAUGAAAUAAUGAUUAAGAAUUUAGCCCACAGAGAAGCAGAAGAAGGAAUUAAUGCAUUUUUUUCUAAGAAGCCUCCUAAAUGGCAACAUGAAUAAAAUGUAUGAAAAGAAGUCAAAGAGAGCAUUCUUGGUUAUGUAAAUUUGAAAUUUUAAUAUAAUUGUUAAAUUUAUAUAGUAUGUUAUUUUACAUUGUUAAACUUACGUAUACACAUUAUAUAUAUCUGAUAUAAUAUAUUUUGCAUAAUAAAAUUGGAAUAAAUUUGA